CCGACGAAAUAAGAGCCGGAAUCAUGAGGAAAUAUCAGAUUUACGUGAUUUGUUUUGUUGUUUUGGCUUUUGCCGCUGCCACAGCUACAAGAGUUUGCAGCAACAGAAAUAUCUUGUGCUCUGUGGUUAGAUCAACUAGUUGUUCAAAGAAAAUCGUUUCCAGUCAUUGCCCAAGGCUUUGCAACACAUGUGGAGCAAAAUGUCGAAACAUAAAGGCGUCAAUGCGCGUUGAUUGUGGCUACCAUGGAAUUAGUCCGUUGGAUUGCUUGAGAAAGGGAUGUUGUUAUGGCGAAUUAAAGGUGGCUGGCCCGUGGUGUUAUCAUCGAAAAGCAAACUGUCCCAUGAUUGAAGCAAACAAACGUGAAGAUUGUGGUUACCCUGGGAUAAGCAAAUCAGAUUGCGUCAAAAAAGGAUGCUGUUACAACGCGAUCAAGGAAAAGGGACCGUGGUGUUAUUACAGGCAAGAAAAAUGCCGGAAAAUAGCAGCAACAAGACGUCAUGAUUGUGGUUAUCCAGGCAUAACGAAGCGGGCAUGCGAGAAGAAAGGCUGUUGUUAUAGUGAAUUGCUAAACCAAAGUGGACCGUGGUGCUACCACCGCCUAGAAAAAUGUCUGCGCAAAGCAACAGAACGUGACGACUGCGGCUAUCCUGGUAUAACAGAAUUCGAAUGCAUGAAAAGAGGUUGCUGCUAUAAUUCAUUGCCCGGUCGUGGGCCAUGGUGUUAUUACCGAUGAGAUACGAGGACCUUCGGAAGAUUAUAUGCGAACUUUAGUGUACUCAUUGUUGUAAAAAUAUGUUGUCAAAUAAAUACCUCUAAUAUAUGAACUUUU